AAAUUAAAGUCUUAUUAAACAAAUUAACUUUAAGGUCAAUGUUAAAUUCGAUCACACGAAAAUCCUAUACCCAUGUUUGGUAGAGUUUCGACACAUGGUUAUCAACAUUAUUUACCGUAUUCGGACCCUCUACAUAUUGAUUCUGUUCCAGGCCCUCUCAGUAACCCUCGCAUUCACCGAAGGAGCUUCAAAAGUCAAACAACGAAGUACGAAGGAGAAAUCUCUUUCGAUGAACACAAGCGGCCAAAAAUCUGCCAUUAUAGCUAUCCAGAUUAUCGAUGAAGCAGAUGAAAAAGCCGGUGGUGAAAAGUCAAAAAGAACUAUAGAUUCAGCACUAGGCAAUGGAUAUCAUGGACAUGCAGGAAAGGUUCCACCUCCAAAAUUCAUGAUCUACAAGUAUUCUCAGCAUGAUAUACCCCCGUACAAUGGACCACCGUUGUUAAAGCAGCAGAGUGGUGGACAUGCUGGACAUUCUGCUCAAAGUUAUAGCCCAGCAGCAACACCUCCACAAAUAGCUCACAUCCAGCCAGGAAUGACUCUCUUCUCCACUAUCAACCAAAACGGCCACGUCGGCACCUUUAGCAGCCACCUUCCACAAAAUCUGAUGUUUCCUCAUACCAACUCUGGGCCGAUACCAGUCAUCAUCCUGAGAAUACUGCCAGCACAGCUCCAGGAACCAACAGGCCAUCUGUACCCCAACAUUCCUUCAUCCAAUUCGUUUGCUUCCAUCAUUAACUCUCUGGAUAUCAAAGCUUUGUUGAACGGAAUACCGCAACCUAUCAGUAGCGGUCUUCAUUCCAGUGGAUAUCAAGCUCCACAGCUAUCAUACAGUGCUCCUGUUCACGGAGGAGUUGUUAGUAGCUACUUAUCUAAAGGCACAAACAGCUAUUCACAACCAGUCGCAGCAAGCCUACAAGUAGGGACACAUCAAAACAGAUACACAGCAUCACCGAAACCAACCUACAUCCAAAAGGUCACUAGCAGUUACGUACCAUCCAAAGCUGUCAGCUUCAUGAGAACAGAUCAUGGGUACAUGUACCAGGAGCACCAGCAAUACACUGGGCACCCAGAGCCGCAGCAGUAUCUUCAACCGCAGUACCAGGAGCAGCAUCAACACCAAUACCAAGAACAACCUCAGUAUCAAGAACAACAAUAUUCACAGGAACAGUACUAUCCUCAAGAAAAAGAGCAGCAGUACUCCCAGGAGCAGUACGAAGAGCCUCAGCGGUAUCAUUCUCAAGGUACAGAGUCACAAGGAGGUGGACAUGGACAGUACCAACAGGAGUAUCAGCAGCAGUACUCUAGCGAUAACAAUCGAGAUUAUGGACUGCUCACACAUGAGAAUUAUCCAUCAGAUAAGCAUACCAAAGUCAUCUUCAAAGAUUUAGAUGGUAGCAUCAGGAGUCAAGCAGGAGAGGGAGGCCACACCAAGGUAGCGCCCGUAGCUGCUCCGACACCUGUACCUGACUACAGUAACCAGAAUUUAGAUUAUGGUGACCACCAACAAAGUGAUAGUACCCAGUAUGACUACGAAGCUGAACCCCAAAUGGAACUGAAGAAACUGUAUUAUAAACCAGUGAAUCAAAAGACCUAAUUGGGGUAGUUAUUAUUCAAUUUUAGGGAUAUCUCAUUACCUCUCGUGCCUCAGUAUCUGUAAGAACGAUAAUGUAAAAUUAAAAUCGCGUUAUAAGUUCGGUAAAUGACAUAACUGUUGAAUGUUAAGCUCUAAAGAUCAGAUUGUAAAAUUUGUAUGGUGGAAGUGGAGGGCAUUCCAAUAAAAACUAGUGUUGAAUUGAAUCGAAGAGGUUGUUUGUGAGGUGAGUGGUUUCUAAUGAACAAUAUAUACCUCGAAGGAAUCCAAUCAAUCAACAUUUCUUUAUCUUACACACUUAGCAUAACAGAGUUAUUUUAUUGGAAUGGUAGUCAACUCGUCGAUAGGGAAAUAAAUACCCGGCCAGGCGGCGUAAGUGAGACGCAGUCGACCAGUCGAUAUAGGGUGAUGAACCAACAUCUGACACCACUGUAAUGAAAACACCGUUGUUACUCUCCAAAAUGUAAUUUAUUACUUUUACACUAAUCUAUAACACUUUAUUAAUUUAUGACAUUUUACAACCAUGUUCACUGAACAACGGUUUCCGUGUCCUGUGGUGAGUCAUCACCAGCUGACUACUGCUCGACUUUGUCUCACUUCCGCCACAUGGUCGGGUAUUUAUUCCUCUAUGGAUUAGUCGAGAACCAUUCCAACGUCUUCCAGGACGCGGUGGCAGAUGAUACAUCUCGAGCCUCGGCAAAAAUUUCUAGAUAUCGCCGCAAGCGCUCACGCACGAAUGCGUAACUGGUUGCCUAAACAUCGACUCUGCCAAGCCGUCCCAUCGCCACUCAAGGUCCCAGUUACGAGGGCGUUACAAUACCUAGCGGAUCGAGGCUAUCCGCAUGAUGCAUGUAUUACUUCGCCUAAGUUAGGUUUCUUUGGGCUCGUCGAAAGAGAGUUAUAUUAAUUUAUUCCAAUUCCAAAUUCAUCCGAUGGCCUUAAGGCAGCCUAGAUCUGUCCGGUCCGCGGAGCUUUAUGAAGCUUUCAUUAAGUGUGGAGGGGAGAGGGUACUAAGGCCAUAGAAAUUCACCUCCAGCCCUUGUGGAUGGUUGCAAGACAUUGUUUUGUCCUUUCCUUUGAUACACUGGCUGUUAAAGGGCUAAAUGGACUGGUAGGUCUGUGGUUGGUUCUUCCUGUAGCUUCACUAGCAUGGGAAAAAUUAUUUUUCAACUUUUAGUUCUCUUUAUCAACAGCUAAAUAAAAGCGUGCUUUUAACAAUAGAUUUUUUUCGUUAAUUUAAUUUUUGCUUUUUAGAAUUUAUGAAGAGAAAUAACUGGUUUUGUCAUUUUUAUAUAAUUUUCAUAUAUUUCAUUAAUGUGACUCCAUAAAACUUACUUUAUUCAUAAAUCGAUAUGUUGUGGCGAUUGUCAUAUGGAACUUUGCUGAUAUCUCAUAAACAACUUGUUUAAUUCCAUUUCGGCGGUCAUCUUUGUUCCAAUCAAUAUUUGUCCAUAUUCGAAAACCCUCUAUCACCGAAAAAAUCUUAUAUAACCUUGUGACCUAUCCAUUUGGUAAUGUACGGAAUCCGUCUAGCUAACAAUAUUUCGUUCAAGUUGCUAUCGGCUUACCCAAAGUCAGUAUCUGAUCUCUGCGCUCUGCCUAAAGCCUGCAUCAAAUUGAAUUGUGCUUUUGGUAUUGACAUUUCGUCAUGUUUGGACGAAAAAAAAACACUGCAGCUCUGUAGAGAACAACAACUUUUAAUGUCAUUUAGUCAAAGCAUUUUUGUCCAGUUGAAUAACUGUAUGACCGUGUAUUGAAACAUUUCUGCUUUCUAUUUUUACACAAUGUUAAUAAAGUAUCUGCUAGAAUUCAGAAAAUGAUUCUUUGCGUGCUUUAAAAGAGUUCAUAUAAACAUUGGCCCGGUAAUGCUUCUUUCCAAAAUACUUCCUUGAGCAUUUUUUUUUAUUUUGUAAAGCUCGUAACAAUCCGUUUAGCAGGAUUUGUUAAAAUUUGUAGACAAAUAUUUAACUAAAAUGACGUGAAUUAUUUUCUUUCUUUGGGGCUUUACGUUUCCAUUUUUAUUGUUACGUCUUGCACAUGCGGAAAUACCAUGAAUUUCAACAAAACCGGGCGAAGAAUGUUCGAAGCUUUUGCGUUUUUGGACAUUCCAAAAAAAGGUUUGGCACCCGGUAACUUAUUAUUAAUGAACAUAAUAUGUCAUAUUAUGACUGUUUACAUUGGAAUUUUCCAAGGUACUAUUUAAAGAUUUAACAUGCGCUUUGUUAAUGCCCUGUAUACGAAUAUACUAUAUAUAGUAUAUUCGUAUAACAGAUGAUAUAAAUCAAAAGAAUGCACCAUUUAAUGUAAAUUGAUAUUUAUAACAUAACCUCAAACUAGAGCGCUGACAUGGAACAGUGGAAAACAUAAAGACGUCCUACAAUUGUAGGAAUGACUGACGAUACUGUCCUAAAACGCCAAUGUUUAUUUGUAUUUGUCCUCAAAAUUUAUAAAUAAUUAUAAUUAAAUGACGUGAGUGAAAUUAUGAUACUUUUGUUUUAUCAGCUGUAGUGGUACCAUGCGUGGUUGAUGGUGUAUUUUACGGUAAUUUUCGCCGCAUUACAGAACUUGAUAUUCUACACCAUAUACUUAGAAAAACUAAUUAGCCCUCUACUAAAUGAUAGUAAAAAAUGUUGAUAUGAUAUAGAUACUGGGCUUUUAUGAACAAAGGUACCUUUAUUUUUUAUCUGAGUUUUU